AUGGCGACAUCAACACUUCCUUCAGCGCUUUCGUUCUCUCCUGCGACAUUCGCCAAAUUAUCGCCCGCCCCAUACCUCCUCGCUCACCUCGACCCGACAUCCUCUUCCGCCUCGCCCACACGACCCAGUGGCCGUUCGCCGCAACAAUGCCGUUCGCCCUCUGUCAACACCGGAUCUCUCACCCAUGCCAACGGUAGUGCCGUCGUACGGCUAGGAGACAGCGCUGUGGUGUGUGGUGUACGCGCCGAAGUUUUACGCUCAUCAGACGUCCCCACUCCCUACCGCGGCCCAGAGGACAGCAGACGCGAGAUCGAAGAGCUGGGUCUCUUGGUACCCAACAUCGAGCUUAGUACCGGCUGCUCACCAGGAUUCCUUCCAGGAAACGCCCCCGGCACAUUGGCGCAAUCUUUAACACAAAGACUGCUUUCAUUGCUACAUUUGUCCAAGCUCGUCGAUGUUGAAGAUCUGAAGGUCAAAUACCAACCACCAGAGACCGAGGACGACUUGCCGGAUGCACCACCUCAGUUACAGACAAAGGCAUACUGGGUCCUCUACAUCGACCUGCUGGUCAUCAGUCUGGACGGAAACCCCUUCGACGCUGCAUGGGGCGCUGUUUUGGCCGCUCUGUCGGACACGAAAUUGCCCAAGGCAUGGUGGGAUGCCGACCGCGAAGCUGUUCUUUGCUCUGACCAGCUCUCUGAAGCCAAAUCACUAAGUCUUGGAAGCAUUCCAGCAUCUCUGACCUUCGCCGUAUUCACAACCGCCGCACCACAAAAAAAGCUAGAGGAUGCAAAGAACUGGGUUUUGGCUGAUCCCGACAACUUCGAGGAAGAGCUGUGCAAUGAAAGCAUCACGAUUGUGGCUACAGAAAAGUCCAUCCUAAGGAUUGAGAAGAGGGGUGGUGGAUUUGUCGGCAGAGAGGCCAUGAGAGAGCUCGUUGCUCAUACACAAAGCAGACUGGGAGAGUGGAAGCAGGUCUUAUCAUCGGAACAUAGAUGA